AUGCGUCCUUCAUCCAUACUGUCCGGCCUAUCUUGCGCCGCCUUCGCAAUACUGCCAUGUGCCGCCAUCACCGUCGAUCUGACUAGCGAAGACUCAAUCAAGUCAGCCGCCUCUACCAUUGCUAAUGGCAUGAUGAAAUUCUACUCUGGAAACGUCACUGGUGGCAUUCCUGGAUUGCUUCCCGGUCCAUACUACUGGUGGGAAGCAGGCGCCAUGUUCGGCUCUCUGAUCGACUACUGGUACUAUACUGGUGACACGAGCUACAACGAUGUCACUACUCAGGCUCUGCUCUUCCAGGUCGGUGACAAGGACAACUACAUGCCCAGCAACCAGAGCAAGUCGCUCGGUAACGAUGAUCAAGCCUUCUGGGGAAUGGCUGCCAUGUCUGCAGCCGAGCUCAAGUUUCCGAAUCCCCCUUCCGACCAGCCUCAAUGGCUUGCUCUUGCUCAGGCCGUCUUCAACAGUCAAGCUUUGCGUUGGGAUCCCUCGACAUGUGGCGGAGGUUUGAGGUGGCAGAUCUUCACCUUCAACAACGGCUACGACUACAAAAACACAAUCUCCAACGGCGCUUUCUUCAACAUCGCUGCACGUCUCGCUGCUUACACCGGUAACCAGACCUAUGCCGAGUGGGCUGAAAAGACUUUCGAGUGGACUCGCGCCGUCGGUCUGAUGAGCGAUGACUACUAUUUCUACGAUGGUAGCGACGACACGAUCAACUGCACCGAGCUCAACCAUAUCCAAUGGUCUUACAACGCUGGUGUUUUCCUUCUGGGAGCUGCCACCAUGUGGAAUGUCACUCAAAGCGAUCUCUGGAGAGAGCGCACUCUUGGCAUCUGGAACGCAACCCAUGUCUUCUUCACCAGCCAGGGUGGUCAGGCUGCUGGACAGAUCAUGUUCGAGGUAGCCUGUGAACCGAACAACAACUGCAACGUUGAUCAACUCAGUUUCAAAGCCUACUUGUCACGCUGGAUGGCCGCUUCUACCAAGGUAGCACCAUGGCUCUAUGAUGACAUCAAGCCUUAUCUCGCGGCAUCCGCCCAAGCUGCGGCUCUGUCCUGCAGCGGUGGAGACGAUGGCACGACGUGCGGAACCCGCUGGUGGAACAACGGGGUCUGGGAUGGCGCUACUGGUGUUGGCCAGCAAAUGUCCGCUCUCGAGGUCAUUCAGUCCAACCUGAUUGAUAGAGUUCAAGGGCCUGUGUCCAACUCCACUGGUGGAACCUCGCAAGGCAAUCCCAAUGCUGGAAGCGGAGGUGACUCGAAUCCGAUUGCUAUGCCCGCAGCCAUCGAAACGAGUGACAGGGCUGGUGCUGGUAUCGUUACAGCGCUGAUUCUUGUGGCUCUCGUUGGAGGCGCAUGGUGGAUGAUUGCAUGA